CUUUGUUCUUUUCCGCUUUUCGAAUAGAACUUGGACAAAAUAUUCUACGACAAGUUAUCCCCGACUAUUAUCAAGAUGUCUGUAAAUCUGAUGAUGAUGAUGAUGAUGAUGCUGUUAGCUGGCAAGACGCGAGCUGCACGAGGUCCACUUUUCUUUUUUUUUGAUCAUGGGAUUAUUGGCAAAGUAUCUGAAGGAUUCCUGCAGAAUUUGGCCGGAAAUAUAGCCGAAUUGAUGUCAGAUCAAAUACAGGGAAAAUCAUUCAGCGGAAGUAAUUGUAAAGGUGUGAACGCGUGUGACUAUGAUAUAAAAGUGACCUCACUGGAUCUCCGUCCUAAUAUCAACCUUCAACACGAUAGAAGCGAUGGACUUGUUGGUCAACUUGUUGUAAAAGCAAGUAUUGGCGGGUCGAUUAAUGCGUCAGGACGCUGGAGUGUGAAAAAAAAGGUGUGGUUUAAAACUUUCUCUUUAGGUGGUCAUGUGGAUGUCCUCUCAACCAAGUUCAGUUUGGAAAACCGUGUCGUUCUCGGACGCAAGUCAAAUGGACGAAUUGGAUUUUCUCGUGAAUUAAACGCCUGUAAAGCAAAUAAAGGAUCUCUCAACAUAAAAGUCAGUGGCUCUUGGCUCAGUUGGCUUCUCAACAUUAUCUCUCGGAUCUUUUCAGGCAAAGUGGAGUUUUUCUUGGAGAGAUUAGCUUGCAGAGAAGCGAAUAAGGCUAUCGAUGAAGCUCUACAAAAAUUUGAAGAGGCUGUGUUUAACAAGGACGUCUCGUUGAAUCUAGAAUCAGGAGGGGAGUUAAAGUUGGAUUUCCAUCCCUCUGUUAUUACAGGAGGGGAAGAUUGUGCUAUCAUUGUCUCACCAGUGCUAAUUAAAAUGAUCGGCCAACCGGAGCCUUCCGAAACAGUGACGCCACCAUUCAUCAACAUCCCGGCUGGUGCAAACGAGAUAGAAGAAUUCCAAGAACUCAGAAGAAAGAGAGAGUUUAACCAAGACUGGUGUGACGUGGUUCCAGGCUCAAAAGGAGGGGUCUCUGUUAUCGUAACGGAGGACAUGAUCUCUAGAAUAAUCCAAAGUUUGCAUCUUUUCGAUUUGAUGAAGUUCAGUUUGAAGGAAAGUGGCAGUUCUGGCAGCAAUAAGAGGUUUGAUGUUUUUCGUAGUGGACAACACUUAAGCACGUUUAAUGUGGAACUUCCCAAAGAACUUGAGGAUUUGGCUACCUUUACUGUAACUGAUAUGAAAAUAAGGAGUACUUCACUACCUGAAGUUCAAAUCACUACCUCUGGAGUUUCUGCCACAGUCAACCUCAGAGCAAGAAUAAUUUUGUCUAUUGAUUCCCCGCAAGUCGAGAUGAGAACGGAAUUCGAAUCCAAAGCUGAUUUCAAGGGAACGGUCAAAUUAGCUAAAAAAGAUGGAAGAUACUUAUUGCUGCCACGUGUUACUGCAAAUGUUGAUGUUUGGACCGGGAAAUUAUAUGUUGAAUCUGAAAAUGGUCAGGACUUGAAGGAGUUAGAUGACGGCGACCCAAUGUUGUAUGCUAUUGAGCUUCUUCUAAAUUCAGCGAUAGAUAAAAGCCUGGCAAAGUUGUUGGAAGAGGAAGUGCAAGACGGUAUCCCCAUAAAUAUACCAAGCGAGUUGCUGUCUAUUGGUAAUGCUGUUAUCCAUUACCAGGAAGAUUACAUCCUGGUAAACGCCCAAAACAUUAGAAUUAACCUUCACUAAAGUAAUUUAAUUAUUGUAUUAUCCAAAAAAGUUGAUUUUUGUAGGCUCUGCAUUUAAAACAUAAGAUAACAAGGUCUUUCAGUUU